UGAACCGGAACGAUAUGCUCUCACCUUGUGUGCAUAUCACAGUGGAGAGAGGCACACAUUUGGUUGUAGCUAGACAUUUGACAUUCAAAUGAAAGAUAAAAGUCCUUGUGGUAUUGCAGCGCGUCUGACUGUUCUUCAAACAGAGAGGAAACAUGAAACAGGACGUCAGGAUACUUUUACUGGGGGAGCCCAAGGUGGGGAAGACUUCACUCAUCAUGUCUUUAGUUGGAGAGGAGUUCCCAGAAGAGGUUCCAUCUAGGGCUGAAGAGAUCACCAUUCCUGCUGACGUGACUCCAGAGAAGGUGCCCACACACAUAGUGGACUACUCAGAAAAAGAGCAGAGCGAUGAAGUCCUUAGAGAUGAGAUCAUCAAGGCUAACGUGGUGUGUGUUGUGUAUGAUGUCACCAAUGAGGACACAAUAGACAAGAUCAAAACUAAAUGGAUACCUUUAGUUAACGGAAACGCAGAGAAAGGGAACAAAGUUCCCAUCAUCCUCGUGGGAAACAAGUCUGAUCUGCGCUGUGGGAGCUCAAUGGAAACCAUUCUUCCCAUAAUGAACCAGUUCUCCGAGAUAGAGACGUGUGUUGAGUGUUCUGCAAAGAACCUGAAAAACAUUUCAGAGCUGUUCUACUAUGCACAGAAGGCUGUUCUUCACCCCACCGCUCCUCUUUAUGACCCUGAGGACAAACAGCUUAAACCAUUGUGUGUCCGAGCCCUUAGCAGAAUAUUCUACAUUUCCGACCAGGACAAUGACCGUAUCCUCAGUGACGCUGAACUCAACAGCUUUCAGAAAUCUUGUUUUGGAAAUCCACUGGCACCUCAAGCCCUAGAAGAUGUGAAGACAGUAGUUUGGAAGAACACCAGCGAUGGAGUGCAGGACAACGGCCUAACCCUAAAUGGUUUCUUGUUCCUUAAUACAUUAUUUAUUCAGAGGGGCCGACAUGAAACCACGUGGACUAUCCUUAGGAGGUUUGGUUAUGACGACAACCUUGAGCUGACUGAUGAUUACCUUUACCCUGAACUACGAGUUCCCAUCGGCUGUACCACAGAGCUCAAUCAUUUAGGUUACCAGUUCCUCCAGCGAUUGUUUGACAAGUACGACGAAGACAAAGACUCUGCCCUGUCGCCGACAGAGCUCAGGAACCUGUUUUGCGUAUGUCCUUACAUGCCAUGGGGGGCAGAGGUCUUUGUGACUGUCCCAACCACAGACGAGGGCUACAUCUCUAAUCACGGCUACCUUUGUCAGUGGACGCUUUCUGCAUACCUUGACAUCCACCGUUGCCUGGAGCACCUAGGAUACCUAGGCUACCCUAUCCUCACUGAGCAAGAGUCACAGACUGCCGCAAUCACAGUAACACGGGAGAAACAGGUGGACCUGGAGAAAUGCCAGACACAGCGGUCAGUGUUUCUCUGCAAAGUGAUCGGACCGCGGGGGACGGGCAAGACAGCCUUUCUCCAGACGUUUGUGGGCCGCAACGCUGUGGGAAAUUCCAGCAGUGCCUUCUCCCCCUAUGCCAUAAACACUGUCCAAGUCGGCAAACAGGAGAAGUACCUUAUUCUCAAUGAGGUGGAUGUAGAGGUUGAAUUCCUGAAGGCAUCCGACGCCUCCUGUGAUGUUGCUUGUCUCAUGUACGACACCAGUGACCCACAUUCCUUCGACUAUUGUGCCAGUAUAUACAAGCAACACUACAUGGAGAGCAACAUCCCAUGUGUGCUGGUCGCCUCCAAAGUGGACAUUCCUGAGGUCAAGCAGUUUCACGGGAUGACGCCAGCAGAGUUCUGUUAUAAACACAGGCUGCCUCCACCGCUGCCCUUCUCCAGCCUGUUCGUUGACUCCACCAGCAAGAACAUCUACACCAGGCUUGCCUGGGCAGCAAUGUACCCACACCUGAAUGGGUCAGACAUGAGCAACACAUCAUUCUGGCUGAGGGUGGCGUUGGGCUCGGCUGUGGUUGCAGUUUUGGGCUUUGCCAUCUACAGAGCAGUUGCCAGACUGAAAUGAUCAACAACCAGCUGAGCUUUUUAAAUUUUAUUUUUCUUUCAAGCCUGAUGCUGUAUACAUCCCAUCCAUCAAGACCAAACCUCUGAGACCAGAUCCAGAACCACAACGGUCUGAACUAGACCCAGUCUGCAUAUAUUUUAAUUUUUUAUUUUUUAUUUUUUCUACCCUGAAGGCUCCCAGGAAAUUCUUCAUAUCGCUGCCCUUCUCAGUAUAUGACUUCUUCACUUUCUCCAGUUGAUUGCAACAGUCCAAAGGCAAAAAGAAGGUUGUGAUCAUAUUAUUCCCCACGCUGCUGUGGCCAGCUUUUUAUGCCUUACAUUGUCUAACCAGGCUAUGUAGGAGUUAGCCUGUCAGCGCUCGCUGCACUGACAUAUGAAGAACUCUUCAUGUCCAAACAGGUGCUUUAUUAGAGGGGAGGAAAUGCAGUUGCAUCUAAUCUGUUGCUUUCUCCACAAUUGACUGCUAAGUGUUAAUGUUGAGAUUGGAGAGUUUUUAUAUACAUGCAGUGUUUCCUAAGCAUAAUGUAGAAAAAUGCCAAAUUGAGGAGACUGAAGAACCAAAGGCACAUGAAGCAUUUUUAACAGGUUGAAUCAUUUUCAACAUCAUGAUUGGCUGCUGCUGAAUCUCUUGCUGGACCUCCUCAAUGAAUAACACCUCCUUUUGACCAUGCCACCACAGAUAAAAGUUGUUCAUAUCUGAUUUGCCAAAUAACUCCAGCAGCAAUGAGUAGUCAUGGCUUGUAAUUUGCCCCUAAGGCAUAUUGUUUUGCCAGAGAAUGAAACAUUUUAAUGUUGCAGUAAGUUUUCUGCUGUGGCAGGGAGAGAUAUGCAUGAAGAUACAUGCUGGUUUGUUUUUGCAUCUGCAAGAUGUCAGAUAAUAAUUUCUCCUGUAAAAGGAGGCAAAGCAAACUUUAAAAAUGACAAAAUGUUAAAAGGAAAAUCUGGUCAAAUGUAUCUCUGCUUCCACUCAGUUGGAUUGAAUGAAUUAGUUUUGAGACUGAAACAGAUUGAUGAUCUGUGCUUUCCUUUUUUUUUUCUUACAUACACCUGACACUGUGCAUCCACUUUGACCUUGUUACAAAAUCUGCCAUUGUAUAAUUUUCCAACAGGAGUCAGUCAUGUUAAUGUCAGUUUCAUUGCUUGAUUUAGCUGGACCUGCUGUUCCUGCAGGAUACACUCUUGUGACUUAUGAAAUAUGGCUGUUUUCUAACUGAAAGUGACCUGAUGUAGAUGCUUAAUAAAAGACCAGACUGGA